AUGGCGGACGAUUGUGGGGCUUCGCCAAACGCGGAUGCCGAAUAUUCAGAAAGCGACUCAGAAACAGACUGGAUGCCUUUUACCGGAACAACUCCAGAUCUGGUGAGGAACAACUUCCACACUCACAAAACUGGGACAGCGGCGGCUUCGUAUCUCCUUUCCAGUAAGAGAUUGCCAGCAGCAACUCCUGUGAAUAAAAUAACGCGUAUCUUGGCACAUCUAAAUCUCAGCGAGGCCGACGUGGUCUACGAUUUAGGAUGUGGCGACGGACGAGUUCUUGUUGAAUGCGCCCGAAAAAAUAAUUGUUCGGGCGUCGGCAUCGAUCUGGAUGCACGCCUGCUGCAACGGGCACGCGCAAAUGCUGAGCGUCAUCAGGUCCACCGUCGCGUCAUAUUUUUGAAGGAGAACAUCUUGGAUCCCCAGCUCAAUCUUUCUGCUGCAACCGUCGUGUACGUCGAAAGAAAACACAGUAGGAAUUUGUUGAAUCACUGGAAUAUCGUUGCACAUGAUGGAAUGCAUAUUUGUGACGUUUUUUUCUCAACAGGUUUUUGUAUCUUCUGCCAGACGCACUUUCUGUGCUGCUCCCAACCCUGGAAAAGCUCGCAAAUGACAACAAUUCACAACUCAAGAAGAUCGUAUCCGUUGGGUGGCCUCUUCCAGGGGUCCGAGCGGCAGUUAACAAUCUGGUUGAGAAAUUCUACAUAUAUGAAGCUGGUGAUCUUCGUUCCCACGCAGUGGCUUCCGCAUGAUGAUAUUGCAGGAAGAACUAAGAUACAGAAGCUCCGCAUCUGGCCACGGCUGUCAGCCAAGGGUUUAUACUUUUAG